GUACUCAGAAAUUUAAUGGGAGUCUGGUGAAAUCCAUUCUGACUGAAUGUACUACUUACCCUCAUAUCAUGAUUGUAAUGGUAUUCACCUACUGGUACUUGUACUUGUAUACCUAUUGUUUCAGAUUCCAUGAUUUCCUGCAGCACGAGAAGGACUUGGAGAAGACGAGAAAGAGAGAAGGAACAAGCCUAAGCCGCAAACCAUCUGCUGAUCUAGAUACCCCUACACCAACAAAAUUAGAGUCUAAACCUGCUUUUCCUUUUGGACUAACACCCCCACUAACACCCAUGCUUACAUUGGAGCAGUCCAGUCCUGUAUUCCUCAUCCUACCUCAGCAGGAAUCUUCCAUGAGCAAGCCAGGGGGGUUGGCUCCUACCCACGUGAAACGCUUGGAGACUCUUCAUGAGAGGAGAAGCGAAGGUCGUCAGAGAGAAGACAGUGAUGUCUCUAUGCUCGGUGACCUCUCUUUGACCUAUGACACAUCAGCCAGGUAUUUUGAUUACGGUAUCUCACCGGGCCUGGUUGCUGGCCUGGAGUACAGGCCAAGCGAUCCUAUGGAUAUCUCAGCACAACCCACAACUGACAUUCCUGAUCCAUCUCCACGAGGAUCUGUGAACUUCAUGCAAGGAUCUCCGCAAACAGGACUAAGCCUUGGUCCAGUUCCAGGACAAGUUCAAGCAGGAGACGCCAACAAAAAAGGAGACUUGGAGAAGAGCUGUGAAACUGUGAAUUCUAGCGGUAAACAAGCAGCUCAAGGCUUCAUCAUAGGGGACGAGAGGAUAGAUGAAGGGAAAGAUGGAGGCACUGAGGAAAGUGAGAAGGGCAUCCCCAUUUCUUCGGCUGAAGAACCAACGGCUACUGUGGCCUCAUCCUUGACUCAGUCCUUGGACAUGACCGAUGGUUGGAGUCCAGCUAAGACCAAACCUGGAGCGGUCAAAGGAUUCCUCAAUCAGUUCCUACAACACACAGAAUCUACCCAGAUAGAAACCCCUUUCCCAGCAGAUGAGCAUCAUACUCUCCCACCAUGCAGUGUGAUACCAAUCAUUGUCUAUGACAAGGAACCCAGUUCCAUCAUUGCGUAUGCUCUCAGCUCUGAACAGUACAAGACGAAACUGUACGAGGUGCAGCAGUCCCGCUGCGGCUCUGGACGCCUGACCCCAGGGGGUACAUCCAUAGGGUCAGCUCAGGGGAAUAGCAACCCUGAAUCAGGACAGAGUAGCCCCCAUACCAGGAGGAAAGCUGGAGGGGAUAGUAGGAUAGGCGGGGCAGGAGGACCAGAGACCAAGGAUCUAUCUCGCAAGAUUGGCCAGUUGAAACGUCGUAUCAGCCAGGGAGUGAUGAUGUUCAGCCAGCGAACCAAGACAUCCAGUGUGGGCGGGGCUAAUCAAGGUGCUUCCAAAGAGGAGGGGCCUUUCAUCACCAUAGAUUCAGAGGAUUAUGAUACACAAGAUAGGUCAAACCCAGAUGAUAGGCUGGAUGAUCUGUCCCUACCACAUAUAGAAUUACAGUUCUCAGAUGAAACCAACACCCAGUUCUUCUGUGGUGUUUAUUUCGCUGCUCAGUUCCAGGAGCUUCGUAAGGUCAUAUUCCCUGUUGGUGAGGACAUCUUCAUCCGAUCUCUGUCUCGCUGUAUGCAGUGGGUUGCUAGAGGGGGCAAGUCAGGGUCAAAGUUCAUGAAGACGAUGGAUGAUAGGUUGAUUCUUAAGCAGAUGUCCAAGUCUGAAGCCCACUCUUUCCUCAACUUUGCACCAAACUACUUCCAAUACAUGCAGAAGGCUCAUGAGAAUAAUAAACCUACGGCCUUAGCAAAGAUUCUUGGCUUCUACAAGGUGGGCUUCCAGAAUCCUGUCACUAACACCGCCCAGAAAUUGGACCUCCUUGUCCAAGAGAACCUGUUCUACAAACGCAGGAUAGCCCAGGUCUUUGACUUGAAGGGAUCUAUUAGGAACAGACACGUCAAGACCUCAGGAGUCCAGACCCAAGACUUGGUACUCUUGGAUGAGAACUUACUCAAACACAUCAUUGACUCUCCCCUGUACAUCAGGAUGCACAGUAAGACUGCCUUAGCGAUGGCGAUCAAAGCAGACACAGAGUUCCUCUCCUCUCACCUCGUCAUGGACUACUCCUUGCUCGUUGGUCUGGAUGAAAACACCAAGGAACUUGUCAUCGGCAUCAUUGAUUUCAUCAGGACCUUUACUUGGGACAAGAAACUGGAAACUUUUGUCAAAUCUACAUCAGGAAAGAUGCCAACCGUUGUAUCACCAGAGCUCUACCGCAGUCGCUUCCUAGAAGCCAUGGACAAGUAUUUUCUCUUGGUUCCAGAUCGUUGGACUGGUCUAGGUCAAGAUGCACACAGUACCAGCUAAAAUGAUGACAGAUCUUAGCUUAGUUCACCAGAGCUGUACCGUAGUCUCUUCUUGAAAGCUUUGGACAAGUACCUUCUCUUAGUUCCAGAUAGUUGGACCUAUCUAGGUCAAGAUGCACACAGUAACAGCUGAAAUGAUGAUAGAUCUUAGCUUACGGAAGUUCACCAGAGCUCUAGCGUAGUCUCUCCUUUAGAGCUUUGGACAAGUACCUUCUCUUGGUUCCAGAUCGUUGGACUGGUCUUGGUCAAAAUACUCACAGUAACAGCUAAAAUGAUGACAGAUCUUAGCUUAGUUCACCAGAGCUGUACCGUAGUCUCUUCUUGAAAGCUUUGGACAAGUACCUUCUCUUAGUUCCAGAUAGUUGGACCUAUCUAGGCCAAGAUGCACAUAGUAACAGCUGAAAUAAUGACAGAUAUUAGCAUAGUUCACCAGAGCUGUACCCUAGUCUCUUCUUGAAAGCUUGGACAAGUACCUUCUCUUAGUUCCAAAUAGUUGGACCAGUCUAGGCCAAGAUGCACACAGUAACAACUGACAGAUCUUAACUUAGUUCACCAGAGCUCUAGCGUAGUCUCUUCUUGAAAGCUUUGGACAAGUACCUUCUCUUAGUUCCAGAUAGUUGGACCUAUCUAGGCCAAGAUGCACAUAGUAACAGCUGAAAUAAUGACAGAUAUUAGCAUAGUUCACCAGAGCUGUACCCUAGUCUCUUCUUGAAAGCUUGGACAAGUACCUUCUCUUAGUUCCAAAUAGUUGGACCAGUCUAGGCCAAGAUGCACACAGUAACAACUGACAGAUCUUAACUUAGUUCACCAGAGCUCUAGCGUAGUCUCUUCUUCAAAGCUUUGGACAAGUACCUUCUCUUAGUUCCAAAUAGUUGGACCAGUCUAGGCCAAGAUGCACACAGUAACAGCUGAAAUGAUGAAAGAUCUUUGCUUAGUUCACCAGAGCUCUAGCGUAGUCUCUUUCUAGAAGCCAUAGACAACUUUUUUGUCUUACAAUGUAGUUCCAGAUUGUUUGACCACUCUAGGUCAAGAUGCACACAGUAACAGCUGAAAUGAUGACAGAUUUUAGCGACUACAAACAUGUACUCUUGAAAUAUUUAGUGUUUAGAUAUAUUUAAUGUUUGUUGUGGACCAUGUAUUCUCACCCUGAUUGUACCUCAACCAAUCCUCCUCAGCUAUUGACAAGUGGUUCAUACUGGUUCCACAUUGCGUGGAUGUUCUGGUUCCAAGCCGACUAUACCUUAGUAACAGCGGACGCACCUGCAUGUGGGUCCUGUUUCAUUAAAUUAACCCAUUGACUCCUGGAACCGGUUGGCUCUUGUAAUAAGCCUAUGGAAAUUGAACAAUCCAGUAGUCAACAGCUAAAUUGUCAGUGUACAACAUAUCUACUCACAGCCAAUCAAAUAGAAGGAGUUGUGUAGCUUAUGCCACUUAUUGCAAUCUUUCAUGCUAAGAACUUUAUGAAACCGGGUCAUAAUCGAUUCAUGUGCAUUGUAGAUGCUAGGACAGUGCUUGAUCUAAGGUUGGUGUAGCAUCCAGACUAACUGAUUGAUUGAUUUGAAUUUAUUCCAUUUCAUAUCAAUUGUUUGCAGAAUAAAGAACAUA